AUGACAUUGCUUGUGGCUUGUUUUAAUUGUGGGUUUUUGUUGCAGUUACUUUUCAAAGCAGCAGAAUGGAAGAGUCUUCCUCUUAUGGCUGCAUCACUUGCAGAAGGUAGACAAGAACAUGCUGCACUUAUUGUUUAUUUAAUGGCUGCACAUACAUUUCUGGAAAGUGAUACUUACAGUAAUCACACAAACUGUGUGUAACUUUCCACUUUCCUCAAAAAUGUACAAGUCAUGAAAGUAUUUAUGGAAAAUUUUCAGGUGCCAAAGUGAACUGGGUAAAUGAGGAAGAUGAACGAAAAACAGCACUUCACCAGUCUGUCUUAGGGGUAGGUUUGACUCUUUCUGUUGACGGUGUUCUGCUAUGCUAAGUACUUGCAAUUCCUUCAUGGAAGGGCCAUCAUGUAAUGAAAUUAUUAUUUUUUUCUUCCUCAAGGGAUCAUUACCAGCUUGUGAGUUCCUUUUACAAAAUGGAGCUAAAAUAAACCAGAAAGACAAGAGGGGAAGAGGUACACUUCAUCAUGCAGCACUUCUUGGGCAGACAGGGUGAGUUGAUCAAAAAUAAGAUUCUAUUAAAACCAUUUUCUCUCUUACCAUCACUGUUUUCUGCAGUCAUUGUGAGUGUAUUGAGAACCUUGUUUGUGUCUGUAAGGCAAAGCAUUUUACUUCUUUUUCUUUCUUGCUUCAAGUUGUUAUUAUCAGUAUAUGAAUAUUGGUAAGGUUAAGACUUACAACCACAUGUUUCAGUAAACGUUCCAUAACUGUGUGUACUUAAACCUAGUUCCUGUAGGCUUCUCUCACCUAGAAGAUUGGAAAACACAAUCCUUUGUGGCCUGUGACUAUUUUGUUAGAACAAUUUUUGUUCUGACCUUCACUAUUUCCUGCAGUCUUUGUGAGUCUAUUAAGAACCUUGUUUGUUUCUGUAAGGCAAAGCAUUUUAUUUCUUUUUCUUUCUUGCUUCAAGUUGUUAUUAUCAAUGUAUGAAUAUUAGUAAGUUUAAGACUUACAACCACUUGUUUCAGUAAAAGUUCCAUAACUGUGUGUACUUAAACCUAGUUCCUGUAGCUCUUAGCAACCAGUUCUUUCCUUAGCAUAGUGUCUAUCUCUAGAACACAAUACAGUGGUGUGGCCAGGGCUUAAAACAGUUCACCCAGCUGUGGCAUCAUCUGUCAUCACUUAUAUUAAUACUGCUCCUUUAUUUUCAGUCCUAUCCUCUUGUUCCUGAAGCGAGGAGGUAACCAGCAUGAUGUUGACGAGAAUGGAGAGGUGAGUGUGAACAUAAUGUAGCGAUGCAUGAAAAAAGCCCUUCGAGACAACCUCCCAUGAACUGCUAGACUUUCCUUCCAAAUUAAUCUGUAUUCCCUUGGAAAACAGAGGAAGCAGUAGAUGUUGCAUGAAAGGUCACAAGUGGCUUUAAAAACAGUGCUCAUGAAAGUUUCUUUGAUCAAUUUCUUGGUUAAUUUCAGGACCCUCUUACAAUUGCACUAAAACAAACAAAUGCAGAUAUUGUUACUCUGUAAGUAUACAAAUGCAAUAUAACAGUGGAUAUUGCCUGAUUAUGAUUCUGUUCCUAGGAAUUGGUUUUUUUAUUUAUCCUUCAAGAGGUGAAUGAAAGAAUCCCAAAAAAUUGGAAUUGGAAUUCACACAGCAGUCUUUAGUCAUUGUCAUUUAGUCAUUGAAAAAUGAAAUUGUUUAUAGGUUGAGAUUGGCAAGACUGAAUGAAGAAAUGAGAGAAGAUAAUGAGAUUGCCCAGGGUAAGAUCUUUUUAAGAGUGCUCCAUCUAUCUCUUUCUGAUUUGUUUUGUUUUGUUUGUUGUUGUUGUUGUUGUUGUUGUUUUAGUUAACAGUGAAUUUAAGGAGUGGUAAGCAAUGUAAUCUAACCACUGCAUUGUUCAUCAUGUUUGUCUACAAUGAAAGUCCACUAUCCCUGGAUAUUUCUGGGCAAGCAGUAUGAUGAAAAAUAUUAUGAUAUCAUAAAUCAAAUGCACUCUACUUAUCCAUGAUUAUAAGUAGUUACAGAGGGAAAUUACUCAUCAAUCACUCAAAUGGGUGUAAAGGUGAACCCUUUACACCCCAACAUCAUUAUGCAUAUUCUCCAUAAUGUUCUCUAUACAUUUCCAAGGGUCUAACAAGGAGAAUUUGUAAAACCAUGAAGAGCUUUGUUAGUUGUUGAUCAUUUCCUUUAUUCUAGUGACUUGAACAUUUGAUAUAAGGGAUAGAUUGUAAAGAGAAAUUAGAACCUUGUCACUCUUAUGGAUUAAGGGACUAACUGCUGUCAUUUUUUUUGUUUCAGGUGAUGUUACGUUCAAUGAUGUGUUCAGAGAUUUUUCUAAUAUGGCAUCCAGAGACCCUGACAGGCUUAAACGCAAUUUUGAUUCAAGUGGACCAAGUAGACAGACACAACUGUGAUAACAAAAUCAAUUUGUUCCACCUUAAAUUGAAAACAAUUAUUUGAGGUCACUUCACAUCAAAAUGUUUCAUUCCUCAAAAAUAAGCAAAUAAAUUCUCAUUUCAUGGAAGAAACCAAUUUGAAUAUUCACUCUAGAUUUAAUCUUACCACAAACACAAAAGGAGUAAAACAUUAUUUCCAAUUUAUGUUUAGUUUUGUAGUAAUUUGCACCAAUCAGGAAUUAAUGUUCACACUGACAAUAUUACUACCUGUCAUGUAAUGUAAGAAAACUGAACUGUACAAUUAACAUAUUUUUUAUUCAUUAGGAAUUUAAAAUUAUCCCCAUGAUAAUAACAGCAUCGUUUAGAACAGAGAAUAGAAUCUUGCACUGAAUAACUUAAGGAAAGAAAACAUAUCAGUAAAUCAUUAAAAAAAAAAAUAAUGAAAUUUGUAAAUAAAAUUUCCCCUAUGACAACUGAAUGGAAGGAAGGACAUCAAUGUUUCAUGAAGAGUUGACUGUAUGAAUACUAUGGUCAAAAAGUCAAAGUUGAUCAUUAUUAUAUUAAUAUUACAAUGCUCAGUUAUGAAAAAUUGUACAGACUAGCUAGUAUUGAAUCAUUAUUUAGUUGAUUUUGACCAGACUAAGUGGUAUCCUCCAUUAGAUUGAUAUUGAUU